AUGCUGUCUCCAUCGCUUGGAUUUUCUAGAAAGGCCCCCCCUGUGAGACCUUCUCGAUCUCUCGAAGGGUUGGAAAAGGUCGUUCCUCCCCCUCGUCCACCUCGUCCUGAGUUGCGCCUCAACAAGCCUCUACCAUCGCCUCCUCCCCAGAGGAUCUCGACCACCUGGAGCGACGAUACCAGUACCAUCGAGAGUUUUGGAACACCCACUCCUCGCGACUCCAGAGCUUCCGGCGAAAGCUUCCCUAUCUUUGUCAGUACAGAUCCCGAUGAUCUGGUUCACAUUGUCGAUCAGACGUCGGAUGACCCCAUGUCAACCCUAGACCAUCACCACAGUCUUCAUAUCGAUACUUCGGCCAAGCCUCAUCCUGAGACAGAGGCUCCAGGUCUUAGAACAUUUCUAUUCGAAGAGCGAUAUGCACCUCCACCUACGUGGUCCCCGUCAAACCAAUCGGGGCCGAACCAUUACUUCAGAGAGAAGAAAUGGGAUUUCUUCCCGGAACUAGCUACGCCUUCUGCCAUUAACAGUCCGGUUGCGGAUGAUACUGAGAGCAAAAGGCGCAAGAACAAUCCCAGUCUCCUGCAAAAGAACCUGGGGCGAUGGAACUCCUCAGAACGCGGUGUGACAAUCGCUCAUGAAGUCCGGGACUCGAUUCGCUCUUACGUUCAUCGAAAUAUCACGAAGAAGGGUUCUUCGGAGAAGUCGAAACAGGAUCCCCGACCGUUGACAGCGCCGGACUGGUCAUAUGAGGAAGAGCUUCCCAAGACGCCGGCUUUGACCUACAGCGACCAGUCCGAUAGUGGAAGCUCUGCCAUGCAGCAAAGCUACGUCAAUGUCGCCGAGCAGAUGAAGACAUUGUCAGUAGCGACGGACGAGGAUCCGGUCGAACGCUGCGAGACCUCCAAGUCUAUCCCCAUGCAACGACCAAAACAGCUCGCCGUACCUUUCUCGCCAUACCAACAAUACGGAGCAGCUGUCUGGGAUAAAAAUGGGAGCCCCAGGAGAGUCAACUCCCGACAGGGCCGCAGCGUGCGGUUUCCCCGAUAUCGAGAUCAGAGGAGGGUGCCGUCCUUGGACUGUUCGACACAUGGCCAUGCAUGUGCCAAUGCAACACCACCAUUAUCUCCGCCGAUCCGGUCGCCGUUACAGCAGAGUGUGAAGGCCUUGCAGGUGAGCACCAACAGCAUGCUGGGUGCAAUUGGCGGGGCAAAGAGAAAGAUGAGCAAGAGCAAAGCAGACAAGAAACGAGCGCAGUUGAAGUCGAAAAUCAGGCUCAUUGGUCCGGUAAACCCAUACACGACAUAUGGACGAGUUGACCCUUGGGACUUCUAA